AUGGAUAGUUAUCAGACUGGGCAAUCAGGCAAGGCGCCUCGAAGACCAGACCUCAAGAAGAAGUUAGUAGUCGUGGGCGAUGGUGGUUGCGGCAAGACAUGUCUUCUUAUAGUGUAUGCAGAGAAUAGAUUCCCAGAGGCAUACAUUCCAACAGUGUUUGAGAAUUACGUGACGCAAGUAUCAUAUGAGGGGAAGGUCGUCGAACUUGCGUUGUGGGAUACUGCUGGUCAGGAAGAAUAUGACCGUCUACGACCGCUCAGCUACCCAGAGAGCGACGUCAUCCUCAUCGUAUUCUCAAUCGACUUCCCAGUGAGUCUAGCGAAUGUCCAAGACAAGUGGUACCCAGAAGUGGCUCACUUUUGUGAGGGAACACCUCUUAUCUUGGUCGGUACGAAGACGGAUUUGCGUCGUGAUGACCAGACCCGCAGGAUGCUGGGAGCACAGGGACAGACGCCAGUGACAUCGGAGCAGGGAUCUGACGUGGCGAAGGAGAUAGGUGCCAAGUACAUUGAGUGUUCAGCGAAGACAGGUAGUGGAGUUCAAGAUGUUUUUUCAUUAGCGCUGAAAGAAAGCAUGAGAGGGAAAUGGGGGAAGAUGGUGAAGGUGCGGCGGUGUGUGGUUACUUAA